UAGAUUUACACGUCAUCAUUUAUAUCCACCUAUCAUUUGGAUCCUACUCUCAGAUAGAGUAUCAGCUCCAAAACGACCAUGAAUUCCACUGAACUGAAACCACAAGCUUCCUGAAAUUGAACAAGCGAAGGGGAAAAAAAAUGUCACUGUGCUUCUCCUCCAUUGUAUUCAGUCUUCAUUCAGCAAAGAACCAAAGCUUCUUAACACGUUUCUCUUCCCAGUUCACCAACCAAGCUAAGGUAAGCUCUGUUCCUUAUGGUUCCCCAUCUUCUUCUUUAAACUUAUCUGAAAUUUUCAAGUUUAGCAAAGAAAGAACAAAACCCAUUUCAGCUUCAGCGACGCCAACUGCUGAAACCGCCUCUCCACCUUCAUUCAGAGGCAAAAACCCAAAAGAUAUCAACAUUUUGGUGGUGGGUGCAACUGGGUACAUUGGAAAAUUUGUGGUUAAGGAGUUAGUUAAUAGAGAGUUCAAUGUUAUAGCCGUUGCUAGGGAGAAGAGUGGAAUUAGAGGUAAGGUUAGCAAGGAUGAGACUUUGAAUCAGUUGAAAGGAGCCAAUGUGUGCUUUUCAGAUGUUACCCAUUUGGAUACUUUGGAGAAAUCUUUGGAAAACUUUGGGGUUUCAAUUGAUGUUGUUGUUUCAUGCCUUGCUAGCCGUUCUGGUGGUGUAAAGGACUCUUGGAAGAUAGACUAUGAGGCAACAAAGAAUAGUCUUGUUGCCGGUAGGAGACGUGGGGCUUCACAUUUUGUAUUGCUUUCUGCAAUUUGUGUGCAGAAGCCCCUUCUUGAGUUCCAGCGUGCAAAGCUGAAAUUCGAGUCCGAGUUGAUCAGAGAAGCUGAAGAGGACAAUGGGUUCACUUACAGUAUUGUGAGGCCAACUGCAUUCUUUAAGAGCUUGGGUGGCCAGGUUGAGUUGGUGAAAGAUGGAAAGCCUUAUGUGAUGUUUGGGGAUGGAAAGUUGUGUGCUUGCAAGCCAAUUAGUGAGGCGGAUUUGGCUUCGUUUAUUUCGGAUUGUGCGUUGAGUGAAAACAAAAUUAACCAGGUUUUGCCUAUUGGCGGACCCGGGAAGGCCUUGACACCAUUGGAGCAGGGGGAGUUGCUGUUUAGACUUGUGGGGAGGGAACCCAAGUUCUUGAAAGUGCCCAUCGAAAUAAUGGACUUCGCUAUCGGGGUUCUCGAUUUCCUCGUAAAGAUCUUUCCUUCAAUGGAAGAUACUGCUGAAUUUGGGAAGAUUGGGAGGUAUUAUGCAGCUGAGAGUAUGUUGGUUUUGGAUCCUGAGACUGGAGAAUAUAAUGCUGAGAAAACACCAAGCUAUGGUAAAGACACAUUGGAAGAAUUCUUUGAGACUGUGCUGAGGGAGGGAAUGGCUGGACAGGAAUUAGGGGAACAGACAAUUUUCUAAGAAGUUGGGCUAUGGUAACAAGUUUGUACAUUCACUUCCUCAAUUGGUUCAACCAGUUUUGUACUAUAGUCUGCUUUAAGGUAUGCAGUUUCUUAUCAGUACACCAACUGUAUUCUGUAUGAGUGACAAGCCAGUGAUUAUGAUCAUUGCUGUAAGAUGCUUUACUGAUUCUUCAAUUACAUCAUCAUAAUUCAUAUCAUCAAAUUGUUUAUUUAAGCCCAUAAUGUAAUCACUUGUUAGAUUUUAAUGUCUUGCAAGUUGCAACCUGUAAUUAGUCAGGUUGGGUACUAGAUAUACUUUUCAUUUAUUUU